CAGUUCUCCCGACCAAUGAAAGACGAAAGAGGUGAACGAAGGCUCAGCCCCCGGGGGUUUCAGGGGAGGGGAAGACGAAGCUUGAAAGACUUGGUAAUGGCGACGGGUUUGUCGGAGCACCAUAACAUGGUGUGGGAAGUGAAGACAAAUCAGAUGCCUAAUGCAGUACAGAAACUCCUGCUGGUGAUGGACAAGAGAGCUUCAGGAGUGAAUGACUCAUUGGAGUUGCUGCAGUGUAAUGAGAAUUUGCCAUCCUCUCCAGGAUACAACUCCUGUGAUGAACAUAUGGAGCUAGAUGACCUUCCUGAACUUCAGGCUGUUCAAAGUGAUUCUACUCAAUCUGCCAUAUACCAGCUAAGUUCAGAUGUAUCUCAUCAAGACUAUCCAAGAUCAUCUUGGAACCAGGAUACCUCAGACAUAUCGGAAAACACUCACCGAGAAGAUGAGGUGGAUUGGCUGACAGAAUUAGCAAAUAUUGCCACUAGCCCUCAAAGUCCUCUUAUGCAGUGCUCGUUUUAUAACAGAUCACCUCCUGUACACAUCAUAGCUACUAGCAAAAGUUUACAUUCCUAUGCACGCCCACCACCAGUGUCCUCCUCUUCAAAGAGCGGGCCAGCCUUUCCUCAUGACCACUGGAAGGAAGAAACCCCAGUGAGACAUGAACGGGCAAACAGUGAGUCAGAGUCCGGCAUUUUCUGCAUGUCUUCCCUGUCUGACGAUGAUGAUCUGGGCUGGUGCAAUUCCUGGCCUUCAACUAUUUGGCACUGUUUUUUGAAAGGCACGCGACUAUGCUUCCAUAAGGAAAGCAGUAAGGAAUGGCAAGAUGUUGAAGACUUUGCUAGAGCCGAAGGCUGUGAUAAUGAGGAAGAGAUUCAAAUGGGCACUCACAAGGGCUAUGGUUCUGAUGGUCUAAAGUUGCUAUCCCAUGAAGAGAGUAUAUCAUUUGGUGAGUCUGUACUCAAGUUGACUUUUGAUCCUGGUACAGUAGAAGAUGGCUUGCUUACUGUGGAGUGUAAGCUGGACCACCCUUUCUAUGUUAAAAAUAAAGGUUGGUCAUCAUUUUAUCCAAGCUUGACUGUGGUACAGCAUGGCAUUCCAUGUUGUGAAAUUCAUAUUGGUGACAUAUGUCUACCUCCUGGACACCCUGAUGCCAUUAAUUUUGAUGAUUCAGGUGUUUUUGAUACAUUUAAAAGCUAUGACUUCACACCUAUGGACUCUUCUGCAGUCUAUGUUUUGAGCAGUAUGGCCCGUCAGCGCCGUGCUUCUUUGUCGUGUGGAGGACCUGGCAGUGCUCAAGAGUUUGCAGGCUCUGAAUGCAGUAAAAGCUGUGGUUCACCCGGGUCAGCACAGCUGUCCUCUGACUCUCUGUAUGCUAAAGCUGUCAAAAGCCACAGCUCAGGGACUGUGAGUGCCACUUCUCCUAAUAAGUGCAAAAGACCAAUGAACGCCUUCAUGCUUUUUGCCAAAAAAUACAGAGUUGAAUAUACUCAGAUGUACCCAGGGAAAGAUAACAGAGCCAUUAGUGUCAUCCUUGGUGACAGGUGGAAAAAGAUGAAGAACGAGGAAAGGAGGAUGUACACAUUAGAAGCAAAGGCUUUGGCUGAAGAACAAAAACGUUUAAACCCUGACUGUUGGAAAAGGAAAAGAACCAACUCAGGCUCUCAACAACAUUGAACCAGAUGCUUGUGUUUGUAAGUCUGUAUCUGCAUAAGUACUGACUCUGGAUGGAAAAGCUUGGAAGACCUUGGUCUCACCAUUAGUCCUGAAUUUGUGUGACCAUAAGAUAGCAUUGAGUCCUGAAAUGAUUUAAUGAGUGAGGAUUUGCUUUCUCCAUUAGAGCAUUAAGUAAGCUACAACUAUCAACAUUGUAAACCAAAUUGCCUUAUUUUCCUUCCAAACUUCAUAUGUCUAUCAGGUAAUAUAGGCUUGAAAAUUGAUAUCCUGUGGUGCUAAAGUACAGUAGAAAGAUGUGUAUACAUGUUUUAUUUUAAAUUGUACGAAGGGGAAUUUAAAAAAUAUGUAACUGCU